AUUCAUUUGUUGAGACAAAUUGAAAAGUUGGCAGAAUUAGACAUCAAACUCAAUGACGAGUUGCAGGUCAUCAUGUUUUUGAGCAGUCUACCAGACACAUGGGAAAAUUUUGUAAUAGCGAUUGAGACACGCGAUGAGCUGCCCAAAUUCGAAGUCGUCAAGGUUAAAAUGUUAGAAGAGGCCACGCGAAAGCAAGAAAGAGCUAGCAGAGACGGCAUAGGGACACCAGAAGCAGUGUAUACACACAAACAUAAUGGACCGCGGGACAACAACAGUGUCGAAAGCAAAGGCAGAAAGAAUAGCAGUAAGCAGCCAUUCCGAGGCAAAUGUUUUAAUUGCGAAAAGAAGGGCAUCGAGCGAGCGAUUGCCGAAAUAAAAAGAAGGAUGAUAAAAAGAGCCAAAAGGACGAAAAGUCUCUAUGCUUAAUGCACACGUGUGUCAAGG